AUGGGUGUUGUUGUGCUGGUCCAGUUAAUGACCAGCCGGACGCUAACGAGAGUUGAGAUGGAUGUAGACAAUCUUGAAGGCAGCAGUCCAAUUGCUACAUUUGAGUAUUUAAAGGCCAACCAUGACAAUCCUCGCAAUCAGAAGUCGAAGCUCAAGCAUUUUAUGGACCCAUCUAUUAAAGGACAGUACGCCUCCCUAGCAUCCUCAAGUGGAACCCAGGAGCCCGACCCUCUAUGUUGGAUGUUUUGA